GUCUUGAUUGAUGUACUCGUGUGGAGAAACGGUCACCGGAAGAACUACAGUUCCCAGCAGCCAUUGCGUCUGUUUCCGGUGACGCGGGUAAACGGUAAAUGAAGAUGGCGCCGUCCACAGAUCAACACGCUCGCGUCAUUCCUGGAGGAUUUACUGUGCUGUCGCUGAGGUUCAGUGAGGAUGACUCUCAUGCUGCUCUUCAUCAGCUGUGUGUUAAAGAGCACCGGGUUCGAGCGGAGUCCAACGCGAACCGACCGCUGGACCGAACACUGUUCGUUCUGAACGUUCCUCCCUACUGCACCGAGAGUGUAAUGACGGACGUCUUCAGCCGCUUCGGUCCGGUGCAGUCAGUGGAGCUGAGCGAGAAACCAGGAGCGUCUGCAGCGAGCGACAGCGGCGUGUCCUCAUACUUCACCUCCAGACGCAGACAGUGUUUCAGAGUCGCCUACAUCGUGUUCAAGCACGCGUCUGGAGUAAAGGCAGCCAAACGCCACCCAGUGAACACCCCACUGAUCAUCUCCAGCACCGACAGACCCGUCAGAACCGGCAUCCGCAAGUGGAUCCAGCAGUACUCAGACUCACUGAUCAAGGCUUCAUCACUGCAGCAGGACGUCGAUCAGUUCAUGAAUAACUAUGACAAACAGAAGGAGAAGGAGGCGGAGCGUCAGAAGCAGGAGGCGGAGCAGCAGCAGGAGGAUGAGGAGGGCUGGGUGAAGGUGACGAAGAGCAGCCGCGGCGUGAAGGUCCGCCCACACAGCGAGACGGCCAAUGAGAGGACGCUUCAGAAGGAGAAGAGGAAGAAAGAGCGCAAGGAGCUGCUGAACUUCUACACGUGGCAGCACAGAAACACGCAGAAAGAACAUAUCGCUGAGCUGAGGAAGAAGUUUGAAGAGGACAAACAGAGAAUCGCUGUACUGAGAGCACAGAGGAAAUUCAGACCCUACUGAUUCAACCUACCCACAAUGCCCUGCACCUGCUGACUCCACAUACCCACAAUCCCCUGCACCCACUGACUCCACAUACCCAUAAUGCCCUGCACCUGUUGGCUUGUACUGUCUGGUUACAUGAAGGUUCAUUUGAAAUAAAGUCUGCAGUGAGUCAA